GAGACAGAGCUCAGUGCUGGGAAUUCGCGUCAGUUUCUGCACUGAAACUCUCAAGAUCAAUGAGCAGAGAGCUUUCUCAGUUCUGCCUUUCAGUUUCUCUCUUCCAGGAAGGAAAACAUUCGAGAGAGCGAGCGAGGGAGAGCGGCGGGAGGGCUGGGGGCGGGGGCGCCGGCCGCGGGUGGGAGGAGAGAGCGGGAGGCCGGCCGGGCUGCGCCCCCGGUCGGUCGCCGCGCCGCGACCUGCAGACCCCGUGCUGCGCUGGGGCUCAGCUCCCACGCCCCCGCCGCCCAGCGCACCCAACUCCGCCGGCCGCCCCGCCCGCCCCGCGCGCUCGCAGACCCCCGGGGCGGCUGCCGGGAGAGAUGCUGAAGAAACUUCUUAAAUGACCGCGUCCGACUGGCCGUGGAGCGUUUCUGGGUUGGGGAGAGGAAAGGAAAGUGGAAAAAAACUGAGAACUUCCUGAUCUUUCUCGCUGUGAGACAUGUCUGAGACUCCUGCUCAGUGUAGCAUUAAGCAGGAGCGAAUUUCAUAUACACCUCCCGAGAGCCCAGUGCCGAGUUACGCUUCCUCGACGCCACUUCAUGUUCCAGUGCCUCGAGCGCUCAGGAUGGAGGAAGACUCGAUCCGCCUGCCUGCGCACCUGCGCUUGCAGCCAAUUUACUGGAGCAGGGAUGACGUAGCCCAGUGGCUCAAGUGGGCUGAAAAUGAGUUUUCUUUAAGGCCAAUUGACAGCAACACAUUUGAAAUGAAUGGCAAAGCUCUGCUGCUGCUGACCAAAGAGGACUUUCGCUAUCGAUCUCCUCAUUCAGGUGAUGUACUCUAUGAACUCCUUCAGCAUAUUCUGAAGCAGAGGAAACCUCGGAUCCUUUUUUCACCAUUCUUCCACCCCGGAAACUCAAUCCACACACAGCCGGAAGUCAUACUGCACCAGAACCACGAAGAAGAUAGCUGUGUCCAGAGGACCCCACGGCCAUCAGUGGAGACUGUGCACCACAACCCUCCCACCAUUGAACUGUUGCACCGCUCUAGAUCACCCAUCACGACAAAUCACCGGCCGUCUCCCGACCCUGAGCCGCGGCCCCUCCGGUCCCCCCUGGACAACAUGAUCCGCCGCCUCUCCCCGGCCGAGAGGGCCCAGGGACCGAGGCUGCACCAGGAGAACAACCACCAGGAGUCCUACCCCCUGUCGGUGUCUCCCAUAGAGAAUAAUCACUGCCCACCAUCCUCCGAGUCCCACCAGAAGCCAUCCAGCCCCCGGCAGGAGAGCACACGCGUGAUCCAGCUGAUGCCCAGUCCCAUCAUGCACCCUUUGAUCUUGAACCCCCGGCACUCCGUGGAUUUCAAACAGUCCAGGCUGUCUGAGGACGGGCUGCAUCGGGAAGGGAAACCCAUCAACCUGUCGCAUCGGGAAGACCUGACGUACAUGAACCACAUCAUGGUGUCCGUCUCCCCGCCCGAGGAGCACGCCAUGCCCAUCGGGAGGAUAGCAGACUGUAGACUGCUUUGGGAUUACGUCUAUCAGUUGCUUUCUGACAGCCGGUACGAAAACUUCAUCCGAUGGGAGGACAAAGAAUCCAAAAUAUUCCGGAUAGUGGAUCCCAAUGGACUGGCUCGACUGUGGGGAAACCAUAAGAACAGAACAAACAUGACCUAUGAGAAAAUGUCCAGAGCCCUGCGCCACUACUACAAACUAAACAUUAUCAGGAAGGAGCCGGGACAAAGGCUUUUGUUCAGGUUUAUGAAAACCCCAGAUGAAAUCAUGAGUGGCCGAACAGACCGUCUGGAGCACCUUGAGUCCCAGGAGCUGGAUGAACAAAUAUACCAAGAAGAUGAAUGCUGAAGGCGCCAACCCCCCAUCUCAGCGGGGCCACAGCCGAGGGAAGCCCUGCCCACCGGGACUGCUGGAGACAGGAUGGAGCAGGCGGGCUAAGGAGAGUACAAAAGGAAGAGACCCAGGAACGGGAGUGACACUUCUCCUGCAUACCAGGAAGGACCCCCGAGCACCUUAGACAAACCACCCAGCGAAGGCGGGGCUGGAACUCUGGCCAAGGGCACGAGUCUGGGACUCACGUUUCACGUUCCCUGCUCAUUCGGAAUCUGUCUAUCUGUAAUUCCUCACCCUCACUGUUCCGCCUCCUGUUAGUUUCAUGGUGUUUUUGUUUUUGUUUUUGUUUUUUUAAGACCAUGCAGCUUGAUUUUUCAUCAUUCAUCUAGGGGAAGACAUCUGAGGUUGUUUUCCUAUGGAAAUAUAUAUAUCUGUUAUAUAUAUCUUUUUUUGUGCAAAUCUCACAAAGUGUGGCAAACCCAGUUGGUCAGGAAAGAGAAUACUUGCAAAAAGGUUUAGGUUCCUCUCUCUUCUGGCACGUGGAUCGGGUCUGUUCUUGUUGCUGUGAGAUCUUGGCUGGAGGGAAAAAUAAGGGAGAAAAGGAUGCUUUUAAAAUAGAUAAAGUGAAAAGGAGAGCUCUCUUUUUCUCUCUCCUGCUCUCUUUCCUUCCCUGCAUCACGCUCCCAAGAGUUCAGCCUCUUGGAGAGUCUGGGGAGCAGUGGGCACCUAAACAGAAUCGGUGGCCUGGGUGCUUUGGGGCUGGCACCGCUAAAUCAAACGCACAUCCCGGCACGUGGCCACCCGUCCGAGGGAGGCCCGAAACUUCAGAGACACUGCUGUCCUGCAGGGAGAUGAGUGUUAGUCCAGCAGACCACCCUGGACAUGGCCGUGGGGCACGCAGCUCUGUGGUUCCCCAGAGCGUCGAUCAGGAUAGCAGGCUGUCCAAGUUACGCGGAAGGCCCUGUUACCUUGGGAUCAGCCUGCAAGUGCUACGGAGUGGAAAAUCCAAAAAGACCACACAGUCCUGAUGGUCCAGAAACUGAGUAACAAGUCUGCAGGUUACAGAGGUUGGUGAGGCAGGAAGGGUCUUGACUUUUCUUCUCCAUCUGAAAGGUCAUCAUGCGGUCAGUUCCAUGCCCUCGCUUAAGUAUUCUUUCAAUUCCUAGGCUAUUUAGAAGUUUCCUUAUCUGCAUGGGGAGGACCCUGGAGUGUGCAGUCUUCGUUGCCCGGGGUUGACCCAGUGUAGGCAGAAAGGAAAUUCCUCAGCUACAAUACAUUGAUACAUUUCCAUUUCCUUCUUUCCUCUUUGCAUUGCUGUGUUUCAGAAUGGACCCAUUCGUGGCUCUUUUUCACCUCAAAAUAAGGUCAGUAGUAUCUUGGAAAGUGAGAUAAGCGCCAUCCCUUAGUACUUUGGAUGGUAACAUUUUUAGAGAGCUGUUUAGAUUUGCUUUCCUUUCCUAGCCAUCUAAGUUGACUCUUCCAAUACAAGCUCGGAAUCCAAUAUUAGGAGUAUGGUGUCUUUAAUUUAAAAGAUUAGAUCUGCCUUACAAAGCACCCCCUCCGUGUUUCCUCCGCUCAGCUCAGUCGGUGAGCAUCUCACAGCUCCCCCAGGGCAGCAGCGGGUCCCAGGAGAAGCUGCCAGGCCCCAGGCUCUUCUUCAGGCAUGUCAGAGUGGAAUCAGGCACCCCCAGCCUGACUCUCCGCCGGCCCAAUGACAAGGACACCAGCCUGGACACAACUAGAGGGACUGGGGUUUAGAGACACUGGAAUUAAGGAGCUGAUCAGGGCUCUUCAGUCCGGCUCUGUUCCCGCCCCAUAUCAGACCACACAUAGACACAUGGAGGGGGCUCGCUCCCACCAUCACACGGUCCCCCCACUCCCACUUCCAGAAUAUCAGGCUUGCAGUGAGGCCAGGGACCCUCUGUGUGAGGCUCCAGCCUCCCUUUAUGAAGGGCUUGGUCUGAACCGGCUGGAUGGUGAUGGAAUGCGGCUGCAUCUCAGCAUGCCACAGAUGUCUUUCAGGAGUGUUCAGCAGCACACCUUGACCCACCUUCCAGCCUCUAAGAUAACUGAUGUUGUGCCUCAAAGGGAGAGAUGAAGCCAGAUACCUGGUGUGUUGUGAAAGCCGUUGACUUGAAGGGCUGGAGAGAAAGGGUGGCUUUUACUGGGGCCCUUGGCAUGACUGUGAAAUCAGUCCCCAGGGCACGAUGCUCUUCCCCAAGAGUAGGACAUCUCAUUCCGUUCCCUUCGCCCAGGCGUGAGGACUCCAGCCCUUUCCAUCCCAAGAAUCUAAAGGUUGCAUUAUGAAGGAAAACCCCCUUUUGCCCCAAGGAUUUCUGUAUGUAAAGCAAUAUUCUAUAAGAAUAUGUAAGACUUAAGAUGACACCUUUAGCCACUUAAAGAAGAAAUAGAAGGUGCUAACUCUAGUAUAGGGCUGAUUUCCCAUCCAGGUAUUACCAAUAAUGAUUUUGUAUUGAUUGAUUCCCUUACCAGCAAAAGACCUUCCCGUUUGUUCUCUGAGAGAACACCUGGGCAGUGCUGACACCAGGCACACAGGAGUCACCCAUUGCAGACCCCAAAGAUUUCAGAUUGAAUUUAGUGGACCUUGAAAGGCACCUGUUAGACACUGAGGAAUUCAACCAUGAAUCGGGCACAAUCCUGCCCUCCGAGGGCUGGCGUUCCACAUGCGGAGUCUAUCCCGCAUGGCAGUCCUCACUCCAGCACUGCAUCCUAGGGGUGAGGAGAGUUUCAGCCGGGGCCCAGUUAAAAGCACAUCCACAACCUAAAUAGUUGGUCUUCCCCUGCUGCCAUCGCGAGUGUCUCGGCUUACAAGAUCAGAAAUCGGGAAAGGAAAGUGCAGAACACUGUGGGGAGGAGUGCUCUGCCCGGCUGUGUCCGGAGCAGAUACUGGCACUGUAUCUUGAAAUUCUCUAGCGUCUUCGCCCUGCACCUUGAGUUAGCCAGGUGGCCUCCUGUCUGUCGGCAGACAGCAGUGGCUGUUGUCUGGAUGGGCUGUGUGGGAGGAACACAAUCUCCAAGGUCUUUUUAUCCCAAGGCAGCUUGGUCUGGCCUAAGGCAGCCUCACCGGUGUUCCAGAUCUUCGGGCGGGGGAGGGGGCAGCAGGAGGGGGGUGUGGUCCUCACAGGAAAACAGGAAUCAUGGCCUGAAGGAUUUGCUCCUUCCAACAGUAGCUUUGGAAGCCUCUGAUUCAUUGUCUUUUUACACUGAGAAUAUAGAGUUAGCUGAAACUUCAAGGCUAUACUGAAUGACUAAGUAACCACCAAUUCCACCUUUCCCUACCUAGGCUCCAACUCCAAAUACAUUUUUGAAAUAUUAACUCCCUUUUGCAGAAGGGAAACCUGAGUACCAGGGAGGUGACAGGACUCGCCCUCAGAGCAGACAGCGUGCUGGGGACAGAGCUAGGUUUGGGAUCGGCCUGAUCGCACCCCCCAUCUGACCCAUUGUCACCCAGGAAGUGGAAGAUAAAAGGCCUGGGAAAAUACACAGAGAACAAAGGGCAGUUUUCUUUGCCCCAGCAUUCGGUGCUAGUUAGUUUUCUCCCACUCAGCCUGCUUCUCCUCUGGACAGAAACCUGGAAUGGAGGGAGUGACACCAGGAAGCCAGGGCAGGGGGCGGGAGGGGACACAGCGAUCCCUGCCCAUCUGAAACCGCAGAAGACUGAACUUGAUACUCUGGGCCCCGUCAGCAUCAACACUAAACAACUGCAGACUCCCGGACUUUUCACACAUGCCAAGGGAACAUUCUUGAAGAUUUCUCUUUGUGACUGCAACCACCUGCAAGCCAGAACGAAUCUAGAAUUUCUUUGUUCUCUCUCUCUCUCUCUUUUUUUAAUUUCUAAUCUCUCGUUGUUUAUGAGGUGUGGGGUUUAUAAGGGACUGAAUCAAAUGAAUGUAACAAAAAGAAAAAAAAAUGCCUUUUCUCAGGGCCAGUGAGUUGCAAA